CUUUGACUAGUAGAAUCGGUAGAAUCUGGCAGAAUCUGGGUGGUUGAUCAGUCGUUGAUUUUGAGUAGCGAGAGCUAUUCUAACCUAAGAAAGUAACAAAUUGAAAUUUCAGUGGCCAAUCACGAUUGUUCUUCACAAAUUUUCUUUAUUUCUUAAGUUACUUUGACGUAAAUGUAUUUCUCGAACAUGUUUGUUUAUUUGUACAUAAAACGGAAAAGCUGCUUUAUAAUUUAGCAGGAUCUUGAUGAGAAAUCAUUUAAUAUUAUUAUUUUAAGAACGAAAUAAUUAUUCAUCACUAUUGACAAAGAGUAUAUUUUUUAGUGCAAUGAAUCGUGAAGAAGAAAGAAGUGAAUCAGAAGAGGAACGUGAUAAGUCUAGAAGUCCAUCAAUAGAAUCUCAAAGAUCAGUUAGAAGCAGAUCCAAGUCACAUUCUGUCAGUCCUACAAGAUCUAACCAUUCAUCACCUGUACAAGCAAGAUCACCAGCUUCUGUAGUUUCCAAUGCCAAUUCUAGAAAAUCAUAUUCUAGAUCACCCUCACAUUCACCUUCGAGAAAUGGAUCUGCCUCACCUACCAUUACAAAUCGAAAAUCUAGGUCUAGAUCUAGCUCAAAAUCUACAGGAAGAAAAAGUGUUUCAAGAACACCUUCUAAAUCUCCAACAUUCGAAUUAGAUGGAAAAGUUACUGGAAACAACACGCCCACAUUAUCCCGUUCAAUAUACUCAGCAAAGACAAGAUUGCAAUCAAGAUCAAGAAGUUCUUCUUUGGAUGAAUCCAGAAAAAGUUCUAUAGCAUCUCCAGAACGUUCACGAUCCAGAUCCAGAUCGACGUCGGCCAAACGAAGUAAUCCAUCGUCGCCAAAAGUGAAUUCUCGUUCUUGUUCAAGAUCCCCCACGCGUUCCCGAACGAACUCUCGUUCUCCUACUAGAUCUCCGAAGGUCGUUGUGGAAUCUCGUUCACGAUCAAAUUCACAAAAAUCUCGUUCGCCUUCAAACAGCCCGACCCGAAAAUCGCGAAGUAGAUCUCCAACUCCCGGUUUGAGCGAGAAAAAAACAUCACGUUCUCCAUCUCCAGAAGAAAACCAUUCACCGUCACGUAUUGAAACAUCUCCAAAGCAAUCGAGAUCAAAAUCCCCGUCGAUAAAUAGAUCAAGACAAAGUUCACCUAACUCGCAGAAAAGUGUACAAUCUUUAACACACUCUCCAGAUGGAAAGCAUAAGAGUCGAUCACGAUCCAGAUCAAACUCUGGAUCAAGAAAACCAUCGCCUGCAAUAUCUCAAAAAGGGUCAUUAUCCAGAUCUCCAUCACCUGAAGCUAAGGUAUCACCGAGGUCAAGAACACCAUCAGGUUCAAGGCAUGGGUCAAGGUCUAGAUCACGAUCAAGAUCCAGGUCGAAACAAUCUAUUUCAAGAUCAAAGUCAAGAUCCAUAUCAGGGUCGCGGAAAGGAUCACAAUCCCCUACUUCGAGAAAAAGUUCUCGUUCCCGAUCGAGAUCCAGCUCUAGAUCGUCCAAGUCUCGGUCACGAUCUCGUUCAAGUUCGAAAGCAUCUCGUUCCAGAUCGCGUUCUGGAUCGCGUUCGAAAUCGAGAUCGAAAUCAAAAUCUCGGUCGAGAUCCGUUUCGCUUGCGAGGUCGCAGUCACGAUCUCGUUCACGAUCUCGUUCACGUUCACAAUCGCGUUCACGAUCAAGGUCGGUAUCAGUUACUGGCUCAAGACAUUCAUCCCGAUCCAAAUCAAGAUCAAGGUCGCGUUCGGUAUCAAAAUCUAGAAGGUCGAGAAGUCGAAGUGAAGAUUCGGAGGGAGCCGUAAAGAAAAGAAAUAGAGUCAUGUCUGAUUCUGAAGAAGAAGGCAGCGUUAAAGCGAAAAAGAAAUCGAAACAUGGAAUAACGGAUUCGGAUAACGAAGGAGACGAUGAGGUAGAGAAAAUGAAGAAAGACGGGGACGAGCCAGAGGAAGAGGUUGAGGAGGCGGAAAGUAAGGAGUUUGAAAAUAGUGCUGCUAACGAGCAACAAGAAAAUGAAGAUUCUGAUGAUGGAGUAGUCAUAGAAGGAGGAUUGAGCAGCCGAUAUAUCGAUGAUUCGUUAUCGGAUUUCGAUCGUAUGCUAGCUCGUAAGAAGGAAGAACAAUCACGAAGGCGCAAGAGGAAGGAUAUUGAUAUAAUUAAUGACAAUGACGACAUUAUAGCUCAAUUAUUGUCUGAUAUGAAAAUCGCAUCAGAAGAAGACAGAAAACUGAAUCAACAAAACAAACCGGCUACUAAUAAAAUAUCUAUGUUACCAAAAGUAUUAUCGCAACUUAAGAAACAUGAUCUUCAGUUGGCAUUUUUAGAACACAAUGUGUUAUCAGUUUUAACAGACUGGUUAGCACCAAUGCCUGACCGGUCUUUGCCAUCAUUAAAAAUUAGAGAUAGUCUUUUGAAACUUUUGUGGGAGUUUCCACGAAUAGAUCAAUCUUCUCUAAAACAAUCGGGUAUUGGCAAAGCUGUAAUGUAUCUCUACAAGCAUCCAAAAGAAACUAAAGAAAACAAGGAACGUGCGGGUAAAUUAAUUAAUGAAUGGGCACGUCCCAUAUUUAAUUUAUCCGCAGAUUUUAAAGCUUUGUCAAAGGAAGAAAGAAUGCAAAGAGAUUUAGAACAAACGCCUCACAAACGAAGGAAAACUGACGAUGGUGGUUCUUCCCAGAAAUCGCAAGAUAUUAAUAAAGCUUUGAAAGGAGAUGCUAAACCUUUAAGGCCUGGAGAUCCUGGUUGGGUAGGGAGGGCUAGAGUUCCUAGACCUUCUAAUAAAGAUUACGUUGUAAGACCAGAUUGGAAAUCUGAUGUCGACAUUAGUAGGAGUACUAAGAAGCAAAUGAAUAGAUUCGAAAGACAUAUGAAGAACUACAUGGAUAGCAAGAGGAUAAAAGCGGCGAGAAGAGCUGUAGAUAUAUCCAUUGAGGGUCGUAAAAUGUCUCUGUAAGAAUGUUUUCGAUCUUCCAGAAAGUAUAAUGUAACUAAUUGAUGACGCAUGAUUUCAACGAUUCUUUUAUGUACAUUUUUACAUGAGAACGUAUAAUACAAAUCAUUGUACAUACAUUACAAAAAUGAAGAAUAUGAUACAUUUACAACUGUAAUUGUCUUACUCAAUAAAAAUGUUGGAUAUAA